GCAUACUAAUCAUAACAUGAAUUUUAAUUACAAAGCAAUGUCAGCGGGAGAUAAACGAAGCAAAUUAUAAACAAAAUAACCGCAUACGCAAUGUUUUUAAAGUUAGUUCUAAAGAUUAUGUAAGUUUGCACUACGUGUCUUCGUGGCACUCAGUGACUCUGUCACAGAAAGGUAAAUGUAUUAUUUGUAAGGAAGGGAAAUAAAAGAUUGUGAUAAACGCGAUUACGUUAUUUCAACGACUGAAGACUAAAACUAAAUUCUGAAAAUCUGACGGUCUUCCGUGCGAUCUGUGCGACACCCUGAAUCCGCCCCUGCUGCAAACCCGGACCCGGUAUCAACGCUCGUUUCUAUUUCUGUAGACUUUCCAUUCACCGGAAGCAGCACAGUCCUUCGUGGCGAUGCAUGCAGAACAGUACGAAUUGUGCUCUAAAUGGAUCCAUUUCGUCGGACAGCCCAGACUUCGGCAAACGUUGUAACAUGUCCCGAGCUGACUGGGAGUUCACCGAGCUGAAAAGUUACUCCAUUGUCACCCAGUUUGAUAUCGUUUGUGACAAGACACCUUUGGUUCACCUUGGAAGUUCACUAAUUUUUGUUUCUUGGGCAGUUGGAGCUGUUAUUCUAGGUUGGAUCAGCGAUAGGUUCGGCAGAAGAUGGACAACACUGUCCUGCUCUGGUGCUGUCAUGCUGCUUGGCUUUAUCAGCGCAUUUUCGCCGAGUUUCGAAUUCUACAUAGCCAUGCGCGUAAUAAUGGGGUUCGUCAUCGUCGGAAAUAUCGUUUAUCCGUUUAUUAUCAUUUCUGAAUACGUUGGACCAAAGAGGCGCGCAUUUGCUGGUAUGACCAUCUGGUUUGCUGCUUCCGCCAGCAUUAUUGUUCUGGGUGUAGUCGCCAUAUUUGUAAGGACAUGGAAAGAGCUGACCAUUAUUUGUACAGCCCCUUUUUUGAUGACGUUACUGUUUUAUAGACUGGUGCCAGAAUCCGCAAGAUGGCUUAUCGUAAAUGGCAAACCAGAAGAGCUGGUUGAAAUUCUAACGCGAAUCGCGAAAAUGAAUGGAAAGGAAGUUCCAGCGAUUGGCAAUAUUGAGGUUACCAAAGAGCCCACGGAGGGGCUAAAACAUUUCAUCUAUCUGUUUACACCGAAACAAAUCGCAAUUAGCAGUCUUGUUCAAGGGUUUGCAUGGGUUGUGAAUGGCCUAGUCUACUAUGGAGUUUCAUUUGCUGCCGACGAUCUUGGUGGAAGCAUGUACAGGGAUUUCCUCUUGUCUACACUCGCUGGAAUAUGUGCUGCUUUUGCCUAUUCAUAUUUUUCAGAUCGGCUAGGACGAAAGAAAACAGUAAUUGUUCCAAUGGUAAUAGCGGGCGUUGCAUGUAUUGCUGUGUCAUUUAUCAGUAAAGAAUAUGCUGUCACCCGAGUGGUUCUUGGUAUUAUCGGAAAAUUUUGCAUCACAUUGUCUUUUGAUGCCAUUUACACCUGGUCGCUGGAACUGUACCCUACCACAAUUCGGGGCGUUGGUAUGGGCUACCUACAGAUUGCUGCACGCAUUGGGUCUGCGUUGGCUCCUUGGAUUGCAAAGCAGUUGAAAGUGGUAAAUGAAAGUCUACCAUUUGCUUUGAUGGGUGGCAUGUCGUUCAUCUCUGCUUUGUUUCUACUUGUACUCCCGGAAACUGUUAAUGAGAAAACAAGAGAAACUAUCGAAGACCAGUUAGAAGGCAAUGCAUCAAAAAAGGCAGAGUAUGAAAAAGAAGUGAUGGUGUUAGAAAACAAGAUAAAAGUUUGAGUCAAAUCUUGUUGUGGACUCUAUAGAACGUUAUAGGUAUGCAAUCUUAGAAAAGAUCCGAGUCUAUUUGUUAAAGACUCUAAAAAAAACUCUACUAUGACCAGACGAAUAGUUUUCAAGGAGGUGAGGGAUAGUUAAUGCACUAUUCUCAUAGCCUACUCCAGACUCCACUUCUGGUCAUAAGUCACACUUUUGUUCUGAUUUAAAUGAAAGCCACAAUGACAGCAAGUACUUAAAGUAACUUUAUCGAUAUUUCAAAUUUGAGAUUCAAAAGAAUAAAUAAAAUUAGCGAAUUAAUUAGUAAAUAAAAUAAAAUUAGCCAUCGUAUGUACGAACGCCUUUGUAUUCAAAGUCAGUAAGACCAUUCGUAUCAGUAAGACCAUUCAUUUGUAUUCAACGCCAUUCGUUCUUAUAUCCGAAAACCCACUGAAAAUGGAGCAAUACUUAAGCAACUAAAAUUUAGCUUAGUUACGUCCUGUGAAAUGUCAACGUUAACAGUAAUAACUGAUCCCUUAGAACAUAGUUGUUUAGAACGAGCCUUAGAAAGAUACAAACUUUUUAGCAUUUCAUCUCAAUAUCUGUUUUUGCUCAGAAUAACCCUUUAUUUUACUCCACGUGAGCCUGUGAAAGUUCAUAGGACGUUAGGGACAAAUGCUUUGCACAGAAAGUAAUUUUUAAGAAAAAUAGGAGUUUGCUGGGUAGCUGGUUUUCCAAUUUUUUGGUUGAAAAACAUUGUGUAUUUUGUAAGGAGGUAAAUAAGAGAAGACACAACAGUGUUAUGAUGACAAACAGAUAUGCAAUAGAAGUUGGUUAUGAUGGGUAAUCAUAAAAAGGAUGGUAUUCCCCCCCAAAUAAGCCCCACCCUGGGAGUAAAAGUAGUUAAUGAACCCUAACCCUCAAAUAGGCUCUCACCCCAGCCUACCAAUUUUUGCCUCACAAUAGAGAACACGCAGUUUUUGUAAUGAUUGAUACCGUAAAUCCUCGAAUUAGCCUUCUGGGCAGCUUAUUUAUUUUUGAUAUUUUUGGAUGGGGGCUUAUUCGAGAGGGGACUUAUACGAAGGGGGGACUUAUCAAAUUUUUGUAGACAUUAAGAAGACAUUAUUAAAAACCUCAUUUCGAGGAUUUACGGUAAACCCAUUCAGCAGGGAAUGAAAAAACUAGAAUAACCGAGACAUUGAUUAAACGACCACCGAAGCAGUCGUACUCGUUAACAAGAGUGCAUGUCUGGUUAACGAAUUUUUAUAGCUCACAGUAUAGAGUUCCAGAAAUUUUUCAAGAUAGGGCUACACAAUGUAUUGGUGUUGUUUUUAGUUGUUUAUAGCGCAAAACCCUCAAAUGUUGUAAAAUAAUAAACAUGAUUAUUGCAAUAAGAUUGAAAUUUCUUUUACUAAAUGAACUACUGUUUUUGAUUUCGAUCUGGGCAGGUUAUGAAGGGAGUAGAUUUUGUAUAUGUUGUAACAUGUUAAAUAUCGUUUUAUUAAUCGUUUUAUUGUAACGAAUAUAUGACCACUGCCUGUUUAUUGUAACAAAGUUCAAGCUUGAAUUUAUUUCUAAAGUAGAUUAAAAUUUCUUUCAAAUAAAUAUUUUUGUGAUUACAUAAUUCAUGGAUCAGAAUUUUUGGAAAUUUGGAAUGCUUACUGGUAUCCAACUCUUGCGUCAGAGCCUCUACUGACCCUGUUACAAAGGAUAAUGUUUACACACAAUUUGUCUCAUAAGAAACUGGCUAUAACAAGCAAGUCCUCCGGCAAUCAGAAAAAUUUAAGAAGCUUCUGUAGUCGAAGCACAAACAUUGAGGAUAAAUUGAUUGGUUUGCAUAUCAUCU